UCGGCUUACAUUGUUUUGAUUCAGUAUAAAUCAGUACUUCGCCUUCGCUCAUUGUUGUCGUUCGCUGAGUUAGUGUCGUGGAAGCAGCGGACGAAAUAUUUUACAAUUGUGUUUUUUGCGAACAUUUCCUUUAUUUUUUUUCAAAAUAUACUGUUUUUGGAUAAAUAAAAAAGUAAAUAUUGAGUAUAUUUUAAAAAGUGUAAGAAAUAUUUAAAACAAAAAAAAAUAUUACCAGAAAUUUGUUUUAAAAGCGAAAUAAAAAAAGGUGAAGCUUUAUUUUCAAAGUUAAGCAUAUAAUUAGUUGUGAAGAAAUUUUGGUUUUUUUUAUCUACCAUCAUCAGUUCAGUCAUCAAAUCAACGAAAACGUUGAUUGUGUUCAAGGGGAAGAGAAAAUUUUUAAUAAUUACAUGCACAAGUGCAAAUGAGUGCGCUAUAAACUAUUUUGUGCAAGUUAUCAUAUGGGUGCGUUUAUAUUUGCCGUAUGUUAGAAGCUGUCUCGAGUUGAUCUUUAGAAGCCGUCCUUUUUAAAGGCCUGCAAUAUAGACUUUAUUUAAUAAAAGCGCAGAUCAAAUAAAUAAGCCUUAUCAAGAGGUUAACAAUAGUUUAAAAAGUUUUAAAUAAUGGCAACAACUCCUCGUAGCGGUGGUGGUGGUGGCGGUACUGCUACACGCCCCAAUGGCACAUCCACAAACAAAAGUUGCCAAUUCAAAUUGGUGCUAUUGGGAGAAUCGGCUGUUGGAAAAUCGUCGCUUGUAUUGCGUUUCGUUAAAGGACAAUUCCAUGAGUACCAAGAGAGUACGAUAGGUGCUGCAUUCCUGACACAAACCAUUUGCAUAGAAGAUACAGUGGUUAAAUUUGAAAUUUGGGAUACAGCUGGUCAAGAGCGGUAUCAUAGCUUGGCUCCCAUGUAUUACAGAGGUGCACAGGCUGCUAUUGUCGUUUAUGAUAUACAAAAUCAAGACAGUUUUCAGCGAGCAAAAACCUGGGUCAAGGAACUGCAUAAACAUGCCUCACCGAAUAUUGUAAUUGCUCUUGCUGGUAAUAAGGCAGAUCUAUCAAAUAUACGUGUAGUUGAAUAUGAGGAAGCAAAGCAAUAUGCUGAAGAGAAUGCAUUACUUUUUAUGGAAACAUCAGCAAAAACUGGAAUGAAUGUGAAUGAAAUCUUUUUGGCUAUUGCCAAAAAAUUACCUAAAAAUGAUGGAGCAAAUAAUCAAGGAACCGCCGCAGGAAGAAGGCUAAAUGAGAAUGAGAAUAACCGACAGACGAACAAUUGCUGCAAGUGAUGUUCUUUUGUAG